AUCAUCUUCAUAAAUACUUUAAUUUAGAAUAAUUUCAAUUUUACCACAAAUUUGAUAUCAUUUUUUUAAAUUUCCUGUAAAGGAUAACUAUUUACAUAAGUACCUUAAGUUUUUUUUUUUUAUGAAAUUUUAAAUUUAUUGAUCAUCACUAAAAAGAUAUAUGUACAACUAUGAGUAGUUCAUGCAACUAACUUUGAAAAAGAAUUCUAGAGCUCUAAAUUGCAGUGUCAUGAGCUACAAACCACCUGACCAUUAGACCGCAACCAUUAGACCUUGCGGUCUCGGAUUGAGAGUGUACUUUGUAGAAGAAAUGCGAUUUCUAACUGUCUUAUCAAUCAACUUUGCAAGCUGCUCGACUGUCUUAUGGCUGGUAUUGUGCUUCCUCUCAUUGCGUUCCCGCCAGAUGAAGUAAAUGGUGACUUGCAGGACCAGUCGAAGGAGUAUGAAAGUCAGGCGGUCGUAUGAUCUGGACAGCAUUGUGGACAAUGUAAUGUCCCAGUCUGGAUCUGGAUCAGUCCCAAACAAAUUCCUACCAUCUUCAGCCAAAUAGUGAAAGUAUAAGGACACGCAAAGAACAGGUGGUCUCUAGUCUCGUCUGGUUCACCACAAUAGAGGCAAUGUUGCGGUUGACCCCACCGUUGAGAACGAUGACCUGUGGCGAACCUAUCCUUGACUGCAAGCCAAGUGAUGAAAGCAAAGCGAGGAACACCUUGAGGGAACCAAACAAUUUUACUCCAUAGUACAGUCUCCUUAUGCACCCUGAUUUGAUUCCAAAUUUCAGAUGAAAUAAACUUAGUACCAUAAUCAUUAUCACCACGCUUCCAUAAUACUUCAUCCCUUCCAUCCGUUAACGUUAACUGAAACGUACGUAUCUCUGUAACCAAGAUUUGGAUAUGUCUGUCACGACAUCGGUGAAAUCUCCAUUGACCCUCUCUAAGGACAUUACAAAUCCUCAUAUCUCUACUGAUGCCCAGCUUUUGUGUACCAAGUUCACCAGCAAUCUCAAUAAGUCUUCCUUUAGAAAACCACAGAUCAAUCCAGAACCUUGCUGUGCUGCCAUCCUUAACAUCCAUCAAAAGGAAGCCUUUUGCCAGAGACCGAAACUUCAGCAGCUUGCAACCAUAAUUUAUAAAUGUCUACUACUAAUUUAUAAAAUAUUUAUAAAAGUUUAUAAACUCAACCCUACCUCUUAAAUACUAAACCAUCAAUAAUAAACACUAAAAAAAUAUAAAUAUUAAAGUAUUUUUUGAAUGAAUGUAUUAUUGAAAGGUUGUAGCCAACUUAUUAUAUUUCAAGCAAUUAAUCUUAAAUUUGUGGUAAAAGUUAAAUUAACUCUUUUAAAUCAUUUAUAAAUAUCUAAAAUAAUUUAUACAAUAUUUAUAGAAGUUUAUAAACUCAACUCACUUCCUAUAUGCUAGAUUCUAAAAAAUAAUCAGUAGUCUCAAAUGUUAAUGUAUUUUUAACCGUGACCGUGGCGCAUGCUUUUUGUAAAGCUUUUUCGUCAAUUUUAUAGUCAAGCUCCAUCCAAUCGUCAAAUCCGUCGAAGAAGAAGAAACAAACAGCGCAAAGAAGAGAGAUUAUUAUGUUUCUGAAUAAUUAUCAAUUGAACAAAUAUUGUUACAGAUUCUACACUUCUAUCUUAGCGAUUAAUCAACUUGACCGUCAACGUACGAAGCUAGCCGUGAGUCAUGGGUCCAAAUCAAUGAAGUAUGUAGAAAUUUGAAAACAAGUGGCCCGAAUCAUUGAUUAGAAGACUUGGCAAAAUAUAGCCUGUCCGACGACUUGAGUCAAUCAACAUAAGUAUGUGGACAAUUUUGAGGCAAAUGGCCCAACUGAUUGAUUGGAAGACUUGGCAAAGUCAAGACAAUUUGAGUUUUUGUUUUCCUUAAUAAAGAGAGCCAUAAUCAUAUAAAAACAAACACUUUCAUACCAACACAAAAGAAAAUUGGGGUUAUGAUGAUUCCAAACCAAUUUUAUUGUCUUUUUGAUAUUGUUACUUUGUAUUUCUUCUUUUUGGGUUUCCUCCUUCUGCACACGUUUGCUUCUCCUGUGCUCCAACAUUGUCAUCAUGACCAGAUGGAUGCUCUUCUUGAGUUCAAACACGAGUUUCUGGUAAAUGAAUUCAACUCAAACUCAUCUUUAAGUUCAUGGAAGACGAAUAGUGAUUGUUGUCUUUGGGAAGGUGUCACAUGCGAUACUAAAUCUGGCAAAGUGAUUUCACUUGAUCUCCAAUACAUCCCUCUCAACAACUUUUUAAAACUUAAUAGUGGUCUUUUCAAACUUCAGCAUCUUCGUAACCUAAGUCUUAGAGAUUGCCAUCUCCAUGGAGAGAUUCCUUCUUCAUUAGGAAACCUUUCUCAUCUCGAACAUCUUGACCUUUUGGGUAAUUAUUUAGUAGGGGAAGUUCCAGCUUCAGUUGGAAACCUAACCCAACUAAAAUAUUUAAACCUUAACAAUAACAAGUUCACUGGAAAUAUUCAUGUUCCAUUUGCCAACUUUACAAAGCUGACCCACUUAGAUAUCUCAAACAACCAAUUCACAGGUGAAUUGCCUCUUGUACUACUAAAUCUAGCCACUAGUUUGUCGAUUUUAGCCAUUAGCAAUAAUCUGUUUAAAUCCAUAUUUCCAUCUGAUAUGAGUCGAUUCGACAAGUUAGAGCAUAUUGAUGUGGGAGGUAACUCAUUUUUCGGUCCUUUUCCUACACCUUUGUUCAUGAUUCCUUCGUUAACAUGGGUUAAUUUAAGAGAAAACCAGUUUGAGGGACCUAUAGAGUUUAGGAAUAUAUCUUCGUCAUCUAAGCUUCAGAGUCUAUUCCUUAGUCAAAACAAAUUCGAAGGUCCUAUUCCCAAAUCCAUAUCAAAAUUUCCCAAUCUUGAGACUUUAUUUCUUAGUGACAACAAUUUCACAGGAACAAUUCCCAUAUCUAUAUCAAACUUGGUCAACCUUGUUACUUUUGAUAUUAGCCAAAACAAUUUCACUGGACCAAUCCCCAGAUCAAAUUUAGUCAAACUCCAGUAUCUUGAUCUUUCUAACAAUAAGUUGGAAGGUGAAAUUCCAGGUUGGUUAGGGGGUGUGUUGGAGUUGAUGCUUUCUCACAACUCUUUCAGCCGUUUUGGAAAGUCAUUAGAAGUUUCAGAUGUAACACAUAUCCAAACGUUGGAUCUGAGUUCAAAUUCUUUCCAAGGACCAUUACCUCAUUGGAUAUGCAAGCUUAGACCGUCAAUGUUCUUGGAUUUGUCUAACAAUAUCUUCAACGGUUCCAUCCAUCAAUGUUUAAGGAACACGAUUGUUCCUCUCAGAGCGCUAAAUCUACAGAACAACAAUCUCACUGGAAUUCUUCUUCAAGAUUUAUUUGUCAACGCUACCAACUUAGAGUUAGUUGACGUUAGCGGCAACAAGUUGGAGGGAAAACUUCCGGAAUCAUUGAUCAACUGCAUUUCUUUGAAGUUUUUAAAUGUAAGAAGCAACAAGAUCAAAGACAAGUUUCCAUCUUGGUUGAGUUCUCUGCCGUCAUUAAAUGUCUUAAUCCUCCGAUCAAAUGAAUUCUACGGGCCUUUGUAUCAUCCACAUGUGUCCAUUGGGUUUCAAAGUUUAAAAGUCAUUGAUAUAUCACAUAACCACUUCAACGGAACUUUGCCGCCUUUCUAUUUUUCCAAAUGGCAUGGGAUGACCACGUUAAGGGAAGAACAUCAAAGUUACACCGUCUACAUGGGAUAUCCUGCGUAUGGAGGUUUUUACCGUAGUUCGAUGGAAAUGGUGAACAAAGGAGUUGAUACAAAGUUUCAGCGGAUCCGAAAAGUCUUCAAGGCUAUUGACUUUUCAGAAAACGAAUUUGGUGGAAAGAUACCGAGUUCCAUUGGAUUUUUGAAAGAACUGCGUCUUCUCAACUUGUCUGGUAACACAUUCACAGGCAAUAUACCUCAAUCAUUGGCAAAUCUGACAAAUCUCGAGGAACUAGACUUGUCUCGAAAUCAGCUGUCAGGUCAGAUUCCUAGUGAGCUUGGCAGUCUAUUUUUUUUGUCAAUUAUGAACUUCUCCCAUAACAAUCUCGAAGGUCCAAUACCGCGAAGCACGCAGUUUCAAAGACAAAACUGUUCAGCAUUCAUGUACAACUCCAACCUCUACGGUCUCGAAGAUAUAUGUGGAAAGACGCAUGUCCCUAAUCCUACACCACAAGAGUCCGAAGAUUUGUCCAAGCCAAAAGAGCAAGUGAUUAGUUGGAUUUCAGCUGCGAUAGCCUAUGGACCUGGUGUGUUUUGUGGGUUGGUGAUUGCACUUAAAUUAUCUCCACACAUACACAAGUGGUUCAUGUAAAAGUUCCGUCAUAUGUUCAACACCAUCCUCUUUAAAUGUUUGUGAAACAUAUGUAUAUUUGUGCUCUUCAAAUGUAAUUUUUUAUAUUAUUAUUUGUUUUAAUAAUCGUGGUGUUUGGUGGUAUGUAAUCUUUAAGUUAAAAAUGUAUUCAAAAGCUUCUUUCUACA